AUGGAGGUGUCCAGCACUUUUAUUGAAGAAACCCCCGUGGAGCAGCAGAAUGGAGGAUUCCAGAAGAACGCUGAAAUAAAAGAGGAACUUGAUGAUGAUUAUCUCUAUAAAACAGAGAUGAACGACUUCCCUGAGCAGAGUUUCCUCCCGUCAGUCCAGCACGUGGAUUCGGGACCUAAAUCCUUUUUCUGUUCCAUCUGCGGCAAGAGUUUCACUCAGCAGGGAACGCUGCAGAGACACAAGCGCAUUCACACCGGACUCAGGCCGUACCGGUGUUCGCAGUGCGGGCGGAGCUUCACCCAGCAGUCCUAUCUCCAGUCACACCAGCGCAUUCACACCGGAGAGAAACCCUACCGGUGUCUGCUCUGCGAGAAGAGCUUCAACCAGCCGAGUCACCUCAAGAUCCACCAGCGCAUUCACACCGGGCACAAACCGUACCAGUGCUCGGACUGCGGCAAGAGUUUCACUCAGUUCGCUCACCUUCAGCGGCACCGGCUGACCCACACCGGCGAGAAGCCCCAUCAGUGCUCGCUGUGUGGGCGGAGAUUCAGUCAGGUGAGCAAUCUGAACGUGCACCAGCGCACUCAUCAGGUCGGAAACCUGUACUACUGCUCAGACUGUGGAAGAAGCUUCUCUCAUCUGAGUACGUUCAAGAAGCACAAGUGCACCAACCAUCUGGCAACAGCUCAUGACGCCAGUGUGGAGAAUUAACCAACUCCUGGUCCCAGAUACUUUGUCUAUAUAUAUAUAUAUAUAUAUUCCUAUUUUAUUUAUACAUUUUCUCCCCAAUUUUAUCGUAGUCAGUCCGUCUUCCGCAGCUGGUGGAUCCCUGAUUGUAGUCGAGGUGGGUAUAUCGCUGCUCACGCCUCCUCCGACCCUCACACAGCCCUUAGUGGAACCCUUUUCCACCCAUUCACUCUGCACAGGUGCCUCUUUAUCUGCCAAUCAGGGUCCUUACACAGUGUUUGAAGACCUGGCCCACAUAGUCCGGUCAUCCCGCCCUAGCAAAACCGUGUCUGCUGCAGGCACUGACAAUCAUGCCCGCUAGAUGGCGCCCGGCCGACCGGUGGCAAUGCCGAGGAGUUCAGAAUCACCUGGGCGCCCUUAUUAAUAUUUUUAUACAGUGAUGUUUACUUCUCUGAAAUACAGUGUUAUUCUGGAAGACUUUCUUGAAGAACACAUGAGCUCGGGGCCUGGUUCCUCUCAACGUUCCUUGAUCUUGAGCUAACCGGGGUUUUCCUGCCACUGAUGGAAAAGUUGGUGCAGUUUCCUCACAUGUAUAUUUUGGAUAUAAACGGUGAGAGAGGGAGGAGAGACUGAGAGACGCUUAUAGUCCGGAUUUAGGAAGCUGAAAGAAGCUUUAAGGGGAAGAAGAUUUCCAUGUGAUGAUGAUGUGAAAGCAGCGGCGCAUCAACCAAACACAUUUUUAUGCUGACGGUAUUAAAAAGUUGCUACGACGCUGGAAAAAUGCACCGACACCAGUUAAAUAAAACAAGUUAAAUCAAAGCA